CGAGCUAUUGCUUCACUAGUUUCGUACCCGAGUUGUCUAUUCUUCAAAAUUCCGUCUCAUGGACCUUUUUAUGAUUUAACAUUACUCCUCCGCUGCUGAGAUGGCGGAAUCUGCGUCUUGUCCGGUGUUUCAGCUGGGAAAACCGCGCUAUGACCAGAGUACAUUUCUUGGCAGGUUCAGGCACUUCAUUGACAUCAUUGAUCCUUCAACUCUGUUUGUGUCAGAGGAUCACUUAAAAAAAUGUGUCAAACUCCUGGAUGAUUUCAAGCAAGGAAAUCUUCCUCAAGGAAUAACACAUCACCAGCUCUGGGAGGCUCAGAAGGUGAAGCAGGCCAUUAUUCAUCCUGACACUGGUGAAAAAAUCUUCAUGCCUUUUCGCAUGUCAGGCUAUGUGCCAUUUGGAACACCAAUUGUUGUUGGUCUUCUCCUUCCAAACCAGACUUUGGCCUCUACUGUGUUCUGGCAGUGGCUCAACCAGAGUCACAAUGCUUGUGUGAACUACGCCAACCGCAACGCCACGAAGCCUACACCAACCUCAAAGUUUAUUCAGGGAUAUCUGGGAGCUGUCACCAGUGCUGUUUCUAUUGCAGUGGGUCUGAAUUUACUUAUCCAGAAAUCCAGCAAAUUUAACCCCACCACCAGACUGUUAAUACAGAGGUUCAUCCCAUUCCCUGCUGUAGCAAGCGCAAACAUCUGUAAUGUGGCUCUGAUGAGACACAAUGAGCUAUCUGAGGGAAUAGAUGUGUUGGACAGCAACGGGAAUGUAGUUGGAUCCUCACGGAUAGCUGCCAAACGUGCACUUAUAGAGACUGCGCUGACACGAGUGGUUCUACCUCUGCCAAUCUUUGUCCUUCCACCAAUCAUAAUGGCCUUCUUGGAAAAGCUUCCUCUGAUGCAGGCCCAUCGCAGGGUGAUGCUGCCUGUGCACAGUUUAGUGUGUCUGGCUGUCUUUGGUCUGUCCUUGCCGCUGGCUAUAAGCCUCUUCCCACAGAUGUCAGAGAUCGAGGCAUCUCGCCUUGAGCCAGAAAUUGCCAUGGCAACAGAUUGCAAGAUGCUGACUUACAACAAGGGACUGUAAUGAGAGAGAGAGAGAAGCCAAGCGGACAUUAUCCUCAGUUUAAGCUGCUGCCUAAGAUUGCCAUGGAUGUGCAGCACAACAGGUGCAAACAGCAUUGAGGAGGGAAAUGCAUUCUGAGCAAUAGUAACCAACUAACCAUUUCAUAAACUGCUGAAAUUUAGCAAUUUUGAUAAAGUAAUAAUUACAGUAUUUAAUAUAGUACUGACAAAAAUGACAGGGAGAAAACAAAGCCUUACAUUAAAUAACUUUAUUACAUAAUUAAUAUUAUAUUAAGUAAAGAAGAUAAACAUUAUACAUAAUGGGAGAAUAGUAAGUACAGCUUUAAAUUGUAUUAUUCUGUUGUUAUUAAAUGGUCAGUGAAUGCACUUUAAUGAAAAUGUAAUCUUAAUUAACCUAAGAUGUUUAUUUGCAUGUGGUACGCAUUUUCCAAACCCCCUGAAAGAAUACUAUAAUUUUUUUGUUGUUUUUAUGUGUACAUGUAUAAAGUUUUGGUCUUCUAAAACAUGAUCUUAAAACAGAAAUAUUAACAUU